AUAAACAUUUACUUUUUAUAAUCCUUUUCAUUUGAAAGUAAAAGGAAAUCAUUAACAUUCAUGACUUUUAACAUAUUUUAAUUACUAUAAAAAAUUUAACCAGUUUGACAAUAGUAAUUAAUCAAAAUGGAAGAACAGAAAAGAACUGGAUUUAAAACACCAUUAAAAUUCCUCUCAAUUACACGCACUACAAGUUCGGAUAGGAAAGUAGCGCUGCCUAAAAUUUCUGAUCGUUCAUUAGGGAAAAGGCUAUCAAUUCCUGUGGUGAUGUCAGAAAAAAGGGGAAAUAACUCUCACAGUGUAAUAACAGAAUCAAAAGAUGAUACUGAUCAAGUGAUUUACAGAAAUUCCAAGGUUACCACACCAAGUAGACCAUUAUCAGUGUGUAUACCAUCAACAAUUGAUCCUAAAACUAGAUGGCGCUCACAGACAGCAGACCUUAGAUAUCCAUUAUUGGGACGUGUAUCUUCUGAAGGAGUAUUGAAUUCUAACGUUUCCAGGGAUGUUAAUUCAAAUAUUGAAGAAAAAACAAAAACUGAUGACAAGGAUAUACCCUCAGAGGUUCACAAUAAUAAUGACGAGGUCAAUACAACAGAAAAUGAAAUUAAUCAGAUAAGUUCAUCAGUUUCAACAAAUCAAGACAAUUUGAAUUGUGCAAGUGAUCUUUUGUCAUUAGAAAAACACAGAGAAUAUGAUAUCACUGCGGUUAAUAGUGUUUCCACGGAAACUGGAUAUAAAAUUACAGGAAAUAAUGAAGAAUGUCAUUCAAAGACCUUUAGAGGAACAGAAAUUGGAAAUACAAAUUUAGAAAACAAAGAUGACAAUUCUUCAAAGAAACCAAGUGGAAAUAUAGUUGAUGCGUCUAAAAAUAUGCCUGAUAAACCAAUAUUUUAUGGAGUUGUCCCUGUUUGUUCUAAAGAAAAGGCUGUGUCUUUGCAUCCUAAAAGGGAGAUUAAUCUAGCAAAAAAUGUUUCUCCUCACACCACUAAACAAGAUAUGAAUUUUUCGACUUUAGAAUCAUGUACUUCACAAUCUCAGGUCAAUGCAGAGAUAUCUUUUUCAAAUGAUGAAUCAAUUAUAGCAAAUAAGAGGGAGGACAUUUUAUCUAAAGAAGGUAAGGUAACUGGUAAUAAAGUGGAGAUAACUCCAGUUGAAAAGGAAGAAUUACCACCUGCAAGGUCAUCACCUCUAAAUGCAUUAAAAAUGAUGUCCAAAGACUGUGAAUCGGGUAUUGUGUUUUCUCCAAGAACAAGGGCUCUGUUGAUUGAAAAUGAAAAUGAAAAUCAGAACAAUGGAAAUUUAAAUGUAAGGUCAAAUAUCUCCUUAAUGUCAAGGUCAGAAAAAUUAAGAAACAAAGUUCAAAGUUUAUAUCUUGAUGAGGAUCAAAGCUUUAAAUUUGAGGAGAAUGAAAAAGUAGUGAGACCAAAAAGCCAAAUAAUUCCAACCUCAGAUUCAAUUUUAGAUAGUGUUUUGACUGUAGGUAAUGCUAAUAAAAUCAUUGCAACUGAGGAACACAUAGUACCAAAGAUUACCUCUAAGGAUUUAUGUACACAAGGUCAAAAGGAUAAAAUGACCUUGAACUUUAAUGACCAAGGUCGUCCAAAGAAGGAGGAGCCAUUAUCUCCAAUUGAUACAAUUUUGACAUCACCGACAAGACCAGCUAGACGUAGACCAAGCAAAAGAAGAUACUACGGACAAAAAUCAUUGGAAGAAGAUGAAUUCAUAGGUUUUGCUUCAUUACCAGAACAGGUUCACAGAAAGGCUGUUAGACGAGGAUUUGAUUUUAGUUUGAUGGUGUUAGGAGACUCUGGUCUUGGAAAAUCCACUCUGAUAAACAGCCUUUUCCUUACAGACUUGUACAAAGACAGAACUAUCCCAGACACAGCUGAUCUUGUUGAAAGAACUCUUUCUACAGUGAAGAAACAAAUAGAAAUUGAAGAAAAAGGGGUCAAAGUCAGACUGACAAUUGUAGAUACCCCUGGAUAUAAUGAUGCUGUUAAUGCUGAAGACAGUUGGAAGAGAGUUGUUUCAUAUGUCGAUCAGCAAUUCCAGUUAUAUUACCAGGCAGAGAGUGGGCUGAACAGAAAGAAUAUCAAUGAUUCACGAAUACACUGUUGUUUAUACUUCAUCUCUCCCUACGGUCAUGGGUUGAAACCAUUAGAUAUUUUAGUAAUGAAAAAACUACAUAAUAAAGUCAACAUUGUACCUCUCAUAGCCAAGUCUGAUGUUCUCACACCGAAAGAGGUCAAAAGGUUAAAAACCAAGGUAUUGGAAGAUAUUAGAGAGAACGAUAUCAACAUUUAUACAUUCCCAGAAUGUGACAGCGAUGAAGAUGAUGAGUUCAAGGAACAAGAUAAAGCUCUCAAGGAAGCAGUGCCAUUUGCUGUUAUUGGUAGUAACACAGUUGUAGAGGCAGGAGGGAAGAAAAUUAGAGGAAGGAUGUAUCCAUGGGGGAUUGUUGAAGUGGAUAAUCCAAAGCAUUGUGAUUUUAUAAAGCUGAGACAGAUGCUGAUCAGUACACAUAUGCAGGAUUUGAAAGACAUCACUUCUGAGAUUCAUUAUGAAAACUAUCGAGCAGAAUCUUUGUUAUCAUCUGAAGUCUCCAAGUCUAGUAGAGAGAGGACGAAAUUGAAGAGAGAUUCCAUAGCAAACUUAGACAAAGCCAUGGAAACAGAACAGUUGUUGCAAGAGAAAGAAGCAGAGAUACAACGAAUGCAGGAAAUGUUGGCCAAGAUGCAAGCACAGUUACAAAGUAGCCCCAAUUCCCAAAAUGGUCGAUUGGGCAAUGUACGGUGAUAGACAUGUAGGCAGUGUACAGUCAUUUUAAGUGUAUAAAAUGUACAAUUUUCUAGUUUACAAGUAAUGAGGCACUGUAAACAGGAUGUACAGUAGGCCUGUGUAGAUUUGUUAUGGCGGCCAUGGUGCAAUUUUUAAAGUCUAACAAAUUUAUAACCAAUUUACAAUUUUCUGUAAUUUUCAAUUACGGUAACACUAAUUUAUACUGCUUAUGUGAUGAUAUAGAUCUCAUCUUUCGUUUACAACAGUCUGAGGUCAAUUCAAUAGGUCAACUCACGAAAUAUUGGUUGGAGUCUCCCAAUAUUAUUUUUAAAUUGGAAAUCUCUCUAUAAGACCAGUCUCCUGUCAGACAAGGAGGUUGAACAGGGCUUCCAAAAAAUAUUUGAGCCAGCCUGACAUUUUUUGUCUUAUCCUGAUUUUAAUCCCUUAAGACUAAGUAACAAAAGGCAAUAAUGGUAAUCAGUUGGGAAUCAUAUAAGCAAUGAUUGACAUAAAAGUGAUAUUAAACUUGAUUUUUCAUAUAAAUUCGAUGUUCUGACAUAAAUUGUAGAAUUGACAGUGCAUCAUUCGAAGUGUUCAACAUCAGUGUACUAAUAUCUGCCUUAGACUCUUUAUUUGUGCAAAAUUAUGCUGUCAACAACUUCACUUUAAUUUUUAAAAGCACCUUUUCCUAAUACUGGAUGUUAACUUGACAAUGGUAAAACACGGACCAGAGAUGGAUACGUAAAAUCUGUGUACGUUUACAAAGCACAAUAAAGUUUAAGUAGCUCUUUCCACGUUAUUUCUUCAAGAUUAUACUGGAAAUGUGUGAACAUGCACACAAGUGUACUAUUUCAAACAAAUGGUUCUAAUGGUUUUUCGCUUAAAAAGUUUAUUACUAACUUUUCAAAUUUUCAUCAAAUCAUAUUUAUAUACGUAUUGCUGAUAUUCUAAAUCUUUUUGACUGAAUUUAUUAAAUGGAAACCAAUGAAAUUUAAGUAAAUAACUUUAAAUAGACUGAUCAACGUCCAGUACAAAAUAUUUUCAGCUGUCAGACAACUAAAUAACCUUGAUUGUAAUGAGAGGGUAUUAAAGUAAGGGUUUGUUUUAAUAGUAAUUAUUCAUCAAGUCACUUUUAUAAUCAGAAAUGUGUGGUUGUUUAAUGUUUAAGGCAAAAGGUCACGUCAAAAGAUCGCAUAAACUUCAAUUUUUUUUCUGAAUUAUGCAAACCCACGUUAUAUGUCCAUUUCAGGCUCUGCACAACAAGUCAAAAAUAUAAUUUAACAGUCAAGUCAGGACAGUAUGACCAUUUUGGAAGCCCUGAGGUUGAAUCCACCAUUUUUAGGGAAAAAAUCUAAUAUCUCUCUUUAGAACCAUUAUUUCAUUUAAAAUAGUUGAGGAGGUCCAUCAUUAUUUGAAAUGGACAUUUUGUAGUUGGGUUGCUUGUAAUUAUUGUUAAACAUUAUUUGUUUAUACACUAUUUAAAGUGUCCAAACUACCUGACUGGUAUAUUAAGCUAAUUAAUUCACUAAUUUUUCAACUGGUUUGAAUGUAGAUUGUAUUUUUAUUUAUAUUAAUAGUAUAACUGUGAAAUGUAAGAUAGAACAUUAUAAAGAACAAUAAUGAAACAGGUUCCUUGAGGGUGAUUUCAUGCCUUGUAUCUUUGAAAAGUUGACACAUUCGCAGUCAAUUUUUAAUGAAAAUUUCUGAACAUUUUCAAUUUGUAUAUUGAGCACAAAAUUGUAUGUAUGUAAUAAAUUCAACUGACAGUUAUAGAAGAAACCUUAAAUACAGUACCUUGACCAUUUGUUUGUUGAUUGGAAUAUUGAAACAUUGUGUACCAUUUUACUCUUUUCCCUUAUUUUCCAAAGCAUUCCUUUUGGGGUAUCAGAAAGGCUGAUAUAGACCCCAACUUUCAAGCAUAGAAGUGGUAAAAAAUCAAAAUCCUCUGUUAUACUACUGCUAGUAUUUUAAUCAUAGAAGGGAUUAUAAAAUUUCACCAUGCUCUGUACAAUAUAAUUGUGCAUUCUUAUUUGUUUCAUAUUUUUUCUAAAAUAUGAUAGUCUUUGUGCAUAAUUUGUCUCCUAUGAAAAAUAAUCAAGCCUACAUUUCUGUACGUACGGGUUUUUUUUGUGCUGCUAUCUCCCACAAAUUUGUCAUGAUUCUUUAAAAUAGUAAAAUAGGCAAAAUACUAUCCGAUUACCUUGUUUUGCAAUUCAGUAGGGAAUAUUAUUUCUAAAGUUAUACAGAUAUUUUGAUUAAUGCUGGUUAGGGUUUGUUUGAUAUUUUGCCAUUGUGUAAUUACGUGGCAUUUUCCGUUGAAGCAGUUGUAAAAGUUAUUCUUGGAAACAGAAAAUUAAAUCUAGUUAUCUCCCUUGCACCAGUUUUAACCAGUACAGAAUUUAUUGGUGAAUAAUAAUGAAACAAGAAGAUAUGAGUAGUUAGUUGAUGUAAUACAUGCCCUGAUUAAGAUUAUCCUCGCAUGAUGGGUUUUUCUACUAUUAAGAAUGCAUUGUGACGUCACAAUUUCCAUUGAAAAAACAUGCAUAGUACGAAUGCAUAUGACGUACGAAAACAUAUGAUCUGACCAUAAUAAUAAAACAUGAUAAUGCCAUUAUCAUCCAUGUACUCAGAAGUAUUAUGUAAUAAACCUUUGAUAUAAUGUUUCUUGAUAAUUUGCCAUCAUAAUAUCACAAUAAAACAUUAACUACAAUCUAUGUGUAGUUUCUUUAAUUAUUAUUUAACAUUUAUUUUAUCGAUAUGAUUUUUGUUAUGAUUUAUAUCAUUAUGACAUUUUUUCAUCAUUUCUAGAAAUAUAUUGUCAUCAUUUUUUCAUUUCAAACAAUGCCAUGUAAAAUUUAAACACAUUUAUCUUAAUGUUACAAUACCAUUGCAUAAUUUGUAUUGAAUACAUGUGGCAAAUAAGCUGCACACUCCAGUGGAAGCUAGGGUAAGAUAUUUGCCACAUUUUAUCAAUUUAAACAAUUUUAAAGAAUACAGCAUAAGUUUAGAAAUAUGGGAAAACUCUAGGUCUAACCCUUUAAUAUUUCCUCUUUAUAGAACAUAUUUGACGCCGCCCUAUGACAAUGAAAAUAUCUGACUAGCCUCAGUUAAGUAUAUAUUUUGACAAGAAGAAUUUCAAACCAUCUAGCAUUGUUUUAGAUAAAUAAACAUGUAUAUUAUGCACUAAGACUUUUCAAACAUGUCUGACGAUCCAUGAUUUACCCUAAGCACUCUUGUCUGAUUUCUUUUAAAUUAUAUGAUCGCAUUCAAUCCAAUUAUAAAAAAUCUUUUUUUUUCUUUUGAAGACAGUGGUAAUGAAUAAAGCAUUUAUGGUAAUGGGACCAAACCUUAUACCUGUAUUUAUCCUUAAAGCAGACAAAAUCUAUUAAUUGUAUUACAUAUACAUGGAUCAAUUUAUAAUUAUGUAAUUAGAAUUGUUAUUUCUUAUGUACUGGUACACAUGCUGUAAGUCUACAUAUUUGAAAAAGGUCAAAAUUAUCAGGUCGUGCUAUCCUUUCGUUUAUAAUGGGCAUGAGGUUUGUGAUAUAGACACUUGUUUAUAUUUAUAUAAAUAUAUAUUUAUAUAUUUAUAUAUGUCUUUUUAGCUCACCUGGCCCAAAAAUAAUGAUAAGGGGUCUUCAGUAACUAUUGUAAGACUACAAUGGGAUGACCUGCUUUAAAUUUUACUACUGGGCCGAAUUAAAGCAAACUUGGCCUCAAUCAUUAUUAGGGUAUCUAAUACUAGUUAUUAUGAUUUUAACCUUAUUUUACAUGAUUUCCAAAACCACAGUAGAUACAGGUGAGCGACACAGGCUCUUGAGAGCCUCUAGUUUUUUUGUGUCAUUGGGUUGCUGUCGUAAACCACACACAGCCAUUUAUUGAUAUACCUAAAUAUAUUAAUGCACUUUUAUUUUGGUCAUUUUAUGAUAUAUUAAUUUUCAUUAUAAGAAUGUCUUUCCCCAAAGUUUUGCUCGUCUUUUGGGAUAAAUUGCUUCCUUUGAUACAGGUUUAUUUUAAAUCGUAAAUCAAUGCUAAUUUUUGAUAUAGUCAAAGCCUGCAGCGCUUUGAAUAAGCAGAGAAAAUAUACAGGGCACCAGUUUCAUGAAACAUCUCAAAUUGAAGAUUCUUUCAAUGAAACAAACAACCAAUUAAAAAUUAUAUUUUUAGAUUUCAGAAAGCAUUUUUUUUUUAGAAAAAAGCCCAAAUAAAGUUGAGUUAUGAUGUUUUAUUUUAUUAAUGUUUCAUUAAAUUCUUAAUUAUUAAUUUAAGUGCAUUUGUAAUACAUUGAAAAGUGAAAAAAAGACCUCACUUAAAAUCAUGUGAUGUCUCCAUUCUGGAUUGUUUCAACAUAGAAAAGCAGUUUAAAUAAACUGUUUUUUUUUACAGAUUUUAGUACACUCCAAUAAUUUUAUGAAAAUCUAUAUUUUGGAUAUUUUAUGAAAUUGAGACGUAAAAUAAAUACUUUUCAUAGUGAGAAUAGACAAGGAUAUGAGUUGUGUAAAAUGUGUUCAUAGUUAAUGUACAAAGUAAUUUUGUAUUUAAAUAAAUAUUGUUGUUUUGUCUUUA